UGUCACGAAAUUCGAAAAUAUUUUUCUGAUUACAGAUUGUAGUCGAUAGUUAAAUGAAAAUAUCUUGAAAAAUAUAAUAAGAAUGACUGAUUCUUACUCCAAACCAGAUUUAUCUACCGAGGAUUUGAAUUUAGUGUGUCGGGCAUGUCUAUCUACAUCUGGUGUAUUAAAAAACAUGAUGGAAUGGGGGCUUGUACAAGAUUUUUAUAAGCUGACAAAUAUAAUGGUUUCAUCGAUAGAAGGUAUACCACACUCAAUAUGCAUGUCUUGUGAGGAAAUGUUGUUAAGAUGCAGUCAUUUUAAGAAACAGUGUGAACAGUCAGAUAUAUUACUGAGGGAUACAGUGAAAAAAAAGAAGUGUUUACAAAAUCUGCAACAAGAAUCUCAAGAGAACACAGUUUCCUUCAUAAUGGAGGAAAAUAAGUUAAUCAUAACAAUUGUCGCACCAAAUACAAAUGAAAAGAUAUUCUUUCCAUGCCCGCACAGUUGUCACGAUACAUUCUUAAAGAAAACGGAUCUUUUGAACCAUUUAGUGAAAUCACAUCAAAGGAACCAAGAAUUUGUCAUCGAACAGAGGUUUCACUGUAGUAUUACAGAAUGUUCAUACCACAUAAACUCGAAUAAAAAUAAAUAUUUUAGCAACAGAAAGUUCUUGAAUCAACACGUAAAUAAAGUGCACAAAGAAAAGAAUAUAACGUGCAAUCUAUGUAAUUUUAAAUUCUCGACGAAUACAGAUUACAAUCGGCACAUUAAAACGUGUAAUUACGUGUACUUGUGUCAAAUUUGCGACAAAAAAUACACGACCAAUGAUAAAUUAUUAGUGCAUUUGAUGAGAAAGCAUCCAGAUUUACACCAACAGUAUAAAAAUGAAAGAAAAAGGGAAAAGAAAGAAUCGGAAUCACUAAUAGAAGUUAAAAAAGCAAAAACUGAGGAAAAACUGUUAGAUUACAUGUGCGAUAGUCCAAAACGGUCGUUCGCAACUCAAACGCUAGAAGAGAGUAUAAAGAAUGACGUCACGUUGUCAUGGCAACCGGAAAUCGAGACGAAAAAGGACGAAAUAUCAACACAGACAGUGUUUGAAGACCUUCUAUCCUUAAAAUCUCAAACGAGCGAAGAUUCAAUAUUCUGUUCAGAAACAGUAUCUCUAUCUGAUAUUCAAACUCAAACGUUUCCUGUGGAGUUUGGUUUGAUACGUUCUAACAAAGAAACGAUAACGUCAGAGACGCAAUCCCCUGAUUUGAGUAUAAAGGAAACGCAGACGUGUCCUUGCUUAUAUGAAACUAGAACAAACGAAAGGGUGUCUCCUACUUCGAGUGCAUCUUUUUCUAAUUGUAUAUCAACAGAGACUCAGACGUUGGAUUUGGAUGAAAUUUUGAGAUAUUGUUCGGCAGAAACGCAAACGUCGUUCGAUGAUUUGCUGGCGAAAGAUUGUCUUUGAUGGAGUGAUGUGGAAUAAAAUGUAUAUGUAUCUAUACUAAUAUUAUAAAACUGAAGAGUUUGUUUGA